AUGCCUCUCACCAGUGAAGCCACUUCUAACAAGAGGAAGAAGGCCACAAAGAUCAUCACUGACCUGACCAGCGUCAGCCAGAACGAGGAUGAGUCCGACCCCGAGGCCUCUGAGUUUGACCUGGGCACCAAGAUCAAGACGCCAAAGGACACCAUGCUGGAGGAGCUCUCCCUGAACUCCAACAAGGGCUCCAAGAUGUUUAGGAAGAGGCAGCAGAGAGUGGAGAUGUUCAUCGUGACCAACGAGAACAAGCAGAACCUCCAGAACCUGCUCAUGUGCCCUCCCCUGGUCCCCCCAAAGCCUGAGAUGCCAAAAGAAGAAGUGGUGGAGGAGACGAUAGAUGAGGAGGCGGAGAAGGAGAAGAGGCGGAAGGAGUAUGCGCCCACCUACAUAUCUCCAUGGGAACGGGCCAUGAAGGGCAACGAGGAGCUGACAGCCACCAUGAAGUCCUCCAUGCCGGGACCCAUCCAGAUGCACGGAGAGCUGCCUCUGUACAAGAGCUUCAACAGGACGGCGCUGCCUUUCGGCGGCUUCGACAAGGUGCCCAGGAUGUUGACCUUCGAGCUCCCAGAGCUCAACGGGGCCUCCGAGGAUCAGGAGCCUCUGACCAGCCUGCAGGCCGACAUGUGCUCACGCCCCUCCUUCAACCGCACGCCCAUCGGCUGGGUCUGCAGCGACGACAACCCCAACAUCCACAUGGACCUGGACAACAUCCCCUUCGACGGAGAGACGGACGACCUGUGA